AUGGGGCUACUGACUGGGGAGGCCCUAGUGCUUCUGGCAGUGGCUGUGGCCACCUUCUUUCUCCUCGUGGACCUGAUGCACCGGCGUGCACGCUGGGCUGCAAGCUACCCUCCAGGCCCUGUGCCGAUGCCUGGGCUGGGCAACCUGCUGCAGGUGGACUUCCAGAACGCGCCAUACAGCUUUGGCCAGCUGCGGCGCCGCUUCGGGGACGUGUUCAGCCUGCAGCUGGCCUGGAGGCCCGUGGUUGUGGUCAACGGGCCGGCGGCCGUGCGCGAGGCACUGGUGCUCCGCGGAGAGGACACGGCCGACCGCCCACCCGUGCCCAUCUAUGAGCACCUGGGCUUCGGGCCGCGGGCGCAAGGCGUGAUCCUGGCGCGCUAUGGGCACGCUUGGCGCGAGCAGCGGCGCUUUUCGUUAUCCACAUUGCGCAACUUCGGCCUGGGCAAGAAGUCGCUGGAGCAGUGGGUGACCGAGGAGGCCGCCUGCCUCUGCGCUGCCUUCGCUGCCCAGGCUGGACACCCCUUCAGCCCCAAAGCCCUGCUGAAAAAAGCCGUGACCAACGUGAUCGCCUUCCUCACCUAUGGGCGCCGCUUCGAGUAUGACGACCCGACCAUCCUCAAGCUCUUGCAGCAGAUGGAGAGCUCACUGAAGGAGGACUCGGGCUUCAUACGUGAGAUACUGAACGUGUUGCCGGUGCUCCUGCGCAUCCCGGGGCUGACCAGGAAGGUCUUCUCAGCACAGAAGAACUUCAUGGCCCUACUGGAUAAGCUGGCCACCGAACACCGGGAGACGCGGGAUCUGGCCCAGCCGCCCCGCGGCGUGGCCGACGCCUUCCUGGAUGAGGUGGAGAAGGCUAAGGGGAACCCCGAGAGCAGCUUCACUAACGAGAACAUGCGCAUGGUGGUGGCUGACCUGUUCUCUGCUGGGAUGGUGACCACCUCGACCACACUGGACUGGGCCCUCCUGCUCAUGCUCCUGCACCCGGACGUGCAACGUGGUCACCGUGGACUCCUGGGUUCUGGCUCAAUGGGGGGAACUCUUGUCUGUCCAGGCCGUGUCCAGCAGGAGAUCGACGAGGUGAUAGGGCAGGUUCGGCCACCUGAGAUGGAGGACCAGGCCCGCAUGCCUUUCACCACAGCCGUGGUCCAUGAGGUGCAGCGCUUUGGGGACGUAGUGCCACUGAACCUACCUCACAUGACCUCCCGUGACACUGAAGUGCAUGGCUUCCACAUCCCCAAGGGGACGACGCUCAUCCUCAACCUGUCAUCGGUGCUGAAGGAUGAGGCCGUCUGGGAGAAGCCCUUCCGCUUCCACCCGGAACACUUCCUGGACGCCCAGGGCCGCUUCGUGAAGCCUGAGGCCUUCAUGCCUUUCUCAGCAGGCCGCCGCUCAUGCCUCGGGGAGCCCCUGGCGCGCAUGGAGCUCUUCCUCUUCUUCACCUGCCUCCUGCAGCGCUUCAGCUUCUCGGUGCCCCCUGGACAGCCCCGCCCCAGCGACCAUGGCGUCUAUGCCUUCCUGGUGACCCCGUUCCCCUACCAGCUCUGUGCUGUGCCCCGCUAA